AUGAUCACAGCGCCGGAGUCGCAGGUGCAAGACGAGUCUCUACAUGGUGCACCAAGUACAUUCGUACAGGGGCAGGAUGUAGAAGGUAAAUCAUUCCCAACUCUCCCUGUCGCGCCCGUCAUGGGUUCAUUUGUGCGCUCAGAGGAAGGGUUUGUUGCACCUUCAACUACCGCGGGGCGUGCAGAGAUGAAUUCUAAUACGAAUCUUGAAUACCACAAUCAUGAGGAAGGAGAAAAUACUCAUGACCAGGGAACUGACGAAGAAGCAGGGGUCAUCCGGUGCAUAUGCCUGUGUGACGAUGACGACGGGUUCACUAUUCAGUGUGACCGAUGUCUUGUAUGGCAGCACUGCGCUUGCCUAGGCAUGUCACAUUCCAGUGUACCUGACGAGUAUCUUUGUGAAAAAUGUGACCCUCGACCUGUCAAUGUUGAUUACGCUCGGGCUGUGCAGCGUCGUCGUUUGCAGCAAGAAGCGCAGAAAUCAUUCAAAGCUCGCGACUUUGACAUUUCUUCCACUUUUGCUACCAAUGCCGCCGCAGCAGGCAUGAUGGAAUCAGCAGCGAAUGCUGCCACAGAAUCCUCACUUCAUGGAACAAAAACAUCUGCGCCCCGUCGCAAGUCCCAGCAUAGCCGGUCGCCGACAACACGCCCAAUCCCAGAUCGAGAUGUGCCUGAUGACAUGGAUCUCAAUACGCCUCAUGUCACACGUUCGAGGCCUCGAAAUAAACGUUCACGAAGUGGCUCGAGAAAGUCUCUUCCCACGCCGUCGCGCCAUAAAGGCAGUGAUGAUGAAAAUGCACACACGAAACUCGAGUCUUGGCAGGUGGAAUUUUCUCCCACGGAUGUCAACCAAGUCCGAGAAUCGACGACCAUGCGCUUGUUGGCGCAAUUCAUGCUCGACUGGCACCGAGGAACUCCGUUGACGGCUGCCCAGGACGACGAGGGCUUCUUUAUUGCGCCUCUUCGGUUCAUGCAAGACUCGCAAGAAGAGGCAUCGUCAUUGGACGAUUCAAGUCCAGACUUAUGUUCCCCUAAUGGCUUGGCUGCCGUAGGGAAUGAAUUGGUGCCAGUUGCUGUACACUGCUCUUCGCUAAGUGAGGCAGGCGUGAGUUUAUCCGUCCGCUCCAUAUCGGAUCACACAACGAACAACUUUUUUAACAAUAUCAUGCACGUUCAACCAAGGUCCUCUGAACCUCAGAAGAUAUGGUCUGCGUCCAAAAUGUUUUGUCGGCCCAGUAUGCAUGGCCUUUUUGCCGACACAUCUAUUCCUCCAGGCGCAUUUAUCAUGGAGUAUCGUGGCGAACUGUAUGGGGCAGAUACAUAUCGAGCUAAUCGGAUUAAUCAGUACGACAAGAUCGGAACCACGAAACCGCACGUUCAAAUGCUUCCACACCCUUUAAACAUGGUUAUUGAUGCACGCAUGUAUGGAAACAUUGCGCGCUUUGCUCGGUCAAGUUGUCAUCCAAACGCAGUACUGCGUCCCAUUUUUCAGUACAGUGGUGAAAGCGACAUGCCGAAACUUGCUUUUGGCUUGUUUGCGAUUGCACCGAUUCCUAAGUCCCACGAGGUUACGCUAGGCUGGAACUGGGACGAUAAUCAUAUUGUGCACGUCCUGCCAGCUCUCGUGCGACACUCGUCGCAGUCUGCAGACGAUGUAUCACACUUGAAAGGAUAUUCAGUGAGCACCAACAUAGCAGCUGAGCGCGGUGAGUUUCCCUACGUGUCUUCGAUUCUUGCGAACAAAUGCAAUGCGGUUGUUUCUAUCCUGUUAAGCUAUGCGACAUGUGCGUGUCUUGGGCCUUCGCUGGGCGGUUCCAACACGAAUGCUUAUCUUGUGCGACGCCAAAACUGUGCUGUGACACAAAUGCUCCGAUUGAGUCAAGGCAUGCCUUUGUUGUAUACGACACAGUCGCCGCGGAUCCCGGCAAAGGCGAAACCCAUUAUACUCAAUCCGCUAGUUGGUGUCUUUCGCCAAUGGUUGCCUCCUGUGUGUAUGGAUGAGGACUCCCAGUUGUGCACGAAGAUCGCGCAAAAUAGCUGCUAUGUUCAGCGAGUCUCUGCGAUGCCGCAUCAAUCUAAUCCAAGUGUGGCGCCAAAGUCUCAUGCCCCUCCUCAUCGCGAUGAAAUUGAAGAUAAAAUGAGCGUUGAUGAUGACGAUGUGACAAGCGACGCAGGCAGCGAAGGACAAGUGUCCUUGGCUUCGACAGAUAUCGUUACUGAAGAAAUGCCGUUUGAGAGUGAUCCAGAAGAUCCAUUAGUUUCAAAGGCCUUGACAUGUAUGGUCGAAGAGGCAAAGGCCUUACUACCGCUGAAGAAACGUGGUAAUCAUCAUCGCUUUGGUAGUAUUUCAUUUCAAGCACAUGAACACAAGUCAUUGGCGCAUACAGGUAUGCAUCGUCAUGUAUUGCCUCAGAAUUCGCCCACGAAAGUAGCAGCUCAUUCCGCCAAGGAAUCCACUUCCAAUGAAGUAAAACCGAAGCAUUCUCGAGGUGAAUCCAGCGGCCACAAGGACGACAUGACCUUUUUCGAUCGCAAUAGGCCAGAUGUCUUAUUGCCAACCCAUCAUAUUCAUCACGACCCGUCCCAGGUCUGUAUGCUUCAAGACAAUGAAGAUCAUAUUCAGAGUCAUCAGCAGCCAAGUCCCAAGGCUGAAGAUCAAGCACCAACAAUUACAAUACCCUCUUCAUGGGAACAUUCGGCCAUACGAACACCAUCCGGACUACCACCGCAAUCUCCACUGCCGCCUUUGCAGCCACCCCCGCGUCGAAAUGGCACAGCGGCUCUUGAGUCUGGACACACUGCCCAACAAACUUCAUCACAUCUAUCAGACUCACGCAUGUCAUCCGACGCGCCGUCGUCCUCGUCAAUGGUGUCUUCAGGUGAGCUUCCAUUCGCAUCAUCGUCGAAUGAGGCAGUUCAAGACGCGUCCAAUGAUGCAACGAUGCCAACGCCCCCAGCGCCACCUAAACGUUUGUCUUUGGCCGAGUACAAAAAACGUCUCUCAUCUCGGCGUAAGUCAGAGAAUCAGUCGCAGGGCGAGACGGCAGAUCCAGUGGCGUCUGUGACCAUGCCUCCUUCGUCGAACCCUUCAUCAUCAAUCGAAAGUAGAGGGUCCACUUCUCACAAGAGCUCUUUACAAUCUCCGCCAAUCAGUUUCAGUUCUACUGCAGACAGCCCGGCUGCCACCAGAGAGGCUGGAGAAGUCUCUCAUGUCCCUGAAGCUACCCCGGUUGCAGCACCUAGCUCCUCGCAGGUCUUCCUGUCUUCAUCUUCGCAAAGCGACAGGCAUGCUUCAGUCCCUAACCAUCAAUCAUCAUGGACUCGUUCACUUCAACAGCUGGGAAAAGACGCUUCACACUCGGAACAGCAUCAUGCUUCUUUGGGCGAGCCUGGCGCGGCAGCCAUGAGACAUGAACCAUCAUCCGUGCGUGCUAAGUCUGAUAUGUCUCACGACUCUUUGUCUGUUACGCAUCCGCAGCAGUUCACUACGUCUCCUCUUCUGCCUGCGUCACCUCCUUCAAGUGGCUCGGUGUCAGUCAGAAUGUCUGAAUCUAUACACGGCCCUGCAUGUGCACCGGGAUCACCACCUCUUCCUGCAGCCACACGACCUUCAGCUCAAGGAGCUAUGUCAUUUUCGAAGUACCUGGCACGGCCAACAAGCAACUCGAAUGCACUUUCACCGCCGGCUCCGUCAUUUUCCCCGCACCUGUCUUUGGCGCCUCCUCCAUCUCAGUCGCUACACAGAGUCUCUACGGGUCCAAUGCGCCUGUCACCGCCACCACCGCCAGGCCCGCCGCCGCCUAUGCCGGCCAAGCUUCGUGCGGCUCAGAAUCGCGUUGACGUGCGAAGCAAACAGGUUCAUUCGCUCCAGGUGACUAAUCGGUCGCCUGGACCACCCCAGCUUAAGGCACCGACUGGUUCAUUAACGCCCCAUGGGUCGCUAGCAUCACAGCGCGGCCGUAGCACCACGCAUGGACGGAGCAGCUGGCGCCCUGCUCAAUAA